GCCAUCCGCCCUCCAGCGAGAGCAAGAAGCACCACGAAUCACACGACUGUCUUCAGCCGGAGUGUCCUGCGUCUUACCCCUUCCUGCACCUUCAGGAGCUCCCCGACGCCCUCGAAACCCUCAUUCACCCGCGUCCACGCCCCGCGCACGCCCACACCCUCCGCCAUGAGCUCCUCCUCCACCCCCUCGUCCUCCGCGACCGCCUCCUCAGCCUUCGUCCUCGUCCUCCUCUGCCUCGCCGGCCUCGCCUCCGCCCGGAUGCCCUACGUCUUCUCCUCAGGAUCCGAGUUCAUCACGGGGCAGGUGGCGCAGACGUUCUCGUGCGAGGGGCUGCCCUACGGAUACUACGCCGACGUCGACAACGCCUGCAGGGUCUUCCACAUCUGCCUUCCCAUCCCCGACGACCUUGGGCAGAUCGUCGAGACGGCCCACUUCUCCUUCAUCUGCGGCAACCAGACCAUCUUCGAUCAGCAGACUCUCACGUGCAAUCACCCCCAGGAUGCCUUCCCUUGCGACCAAGCACCUUCCCUCUACGAUAUCAAGAAUGCAGAAUUUGGCCGCAUCGAAAAUGAUAAUUUCUAAGUGUCGUUUAGUCAUUUUUUUUUUAUUGAUUUUAUUUACUAUAUUUUUUUGUGAUUUUGUAUACGGUAGACUUGUGAUAAUGUGGUGUUUAAGGUGAUUUUAAAAAAAUGAUUUGUGGUGAUGUUAAAAGGUGAAAAGAAAAAUCAUUUAGGUGUAUAUUUGAUGUGCAUUGAAAGUUAUACAUGACUUUUCUUGUAAUUAACAAUUUUUCCCGAUAAAGGUUUGUUAUUUUGGUAUCUAGAACACCAAUUGAAAUUUAUAUUCCUUUUAUCAUUACUAAAGAUAGCCCAUUAAUUCACACAUUUUGCUUUUCGAAUUCUACAUCACAAAUCAGUUUUGAUCUGGACAUUUCAUCGCCAUGCUAAAAUUAUUUCAAAAUAAACACACAACAUGCACAUAUACAUAUACAUAUGCAUAUACAUAUACAUAUACAUAUACAUACACAUACACACAUAUAUACAUACAUACAUACAUACAUAC